ACUUAUUGGAACGGCGCGGUGAUUAAACGGUGCGCUCUCCGAGGUUACUCAACCAACUGUUUUUCCUGAUCGCUGCAACACGCCACUGUCGCUCUAGACGCGCGAAGUGAAAUGCGGUAGGCUAGGGACGAGACGUCGUGAAGCGCUUCACACGAGAGGCCACUCCCACGAAUGAGCGAAACUUGAGCGCUCUCAUUAUCCGGCGAUAAGCUCCCAGGGCGGCCAAGAGCUCCCCGCGGCUAAUCAGAGAAACGUCAAAUCCCGACAGUCUUUCGCCGCGGCAGUGUGUUCGCUACGUUUUUGUGGACGUGUACAAGAUGUCAAAGAAAGAGGAACUCCACUACCUGACGGGUUUCGGCAGCGAGUUCGCGUCCGAGGAUCCUAGGUGUCCCGGGUCACUUCCCGAAGGCCAGAACAACCCACAAGUGUGCCCUUACGGUCUCUAUGCCGAACAACUGUCGGGAACUGCCUUCACGGCUCCCAGGGAGACCAACAAGAGAAGCUGGCUGUACCGCAUCAGACCGUCGGUACAGCACACGCCGUUUACAAAGUACAAUGGCAACAAGAACCUCACCUCCGACUGGAAUUCCAACCACCCGAAUCCUAACCAGCUGCGGUGGAAGCCCUUCAGCAUUCCGGAGCAGGGCAAGGCAUCCGUUGACUUUGUUGACGGUCUCAACACUGUUUGUGGAGCGGGUGACGCCAGGACACGCCACGGAGUCGCCAUUCAUGUGUACUGCUGUAAUGUCUCAAUGAAGGACAAGGCCAUGUACAACUCCGAUGGAGAUUUCCUAAUAGUUCCCCAGCAAGGUAGCCUGAACGUCGUCACCGAGUUCGGCAGGAUGCACGUGGAACCCAACGAGAUCUGCGUCAUUCAGCAAGGAAUGCGUUUCCAAGUGUACGUAUCCGGUCCCAGCCGUGGCUACGUUCUCGAGGUCUUCGACAACCACUUCGUGCUGCCAAACCUUGGUCCUAUCGGAGCCAACGGCCUGGCAAACCCUCGCGAUUUCAAGACCCCAACAGCUUGGUAUGAGGACCGGGACGUGAACGGCUUUUUGGUCGUCAGCAAGUACCAAGGUUGCCUGUUCCAGGCUUCUCAGAACCACUCUCCAUUCGACGUGGUCGCGUGGCAUGGCAACUAUGUCCCCUACAAGUAUGACCUGUCCAAGUUCAACACCGUCAACACCGUCUCCUACGACCACUGCGACCCCUCGAUCUUCACGGUGCUCACUUGCCCAUCGACCAAGCCGGGUACGGCCAUCGCCGACUUCGUCAUCUUCCCGCCGCGUUGGUCGGUAGCCGAGAACACCUUCAGACCCCCAUACUAUCACCGAAACUGCAUGAGCGAGUUCAUGGGUCUUAUCACCGGGAAGUAUGAAGCCAAGGAGACGGGCUUCCAGUGCGGCGGCGCAAGCCUGCACAGCAUGAUGACCCCUCACGGGCCAGACGUGGACUGCUUCGAGCAGGCAUCCAAGGCCAAGCUGGCCCCGCAGCGCAUCGGGGAUGGAUGCAUGGCGUUCAUGUUCGAGAGCUCCCUGAGCAUGGCGGUGACGCCGUGGGCCGAGCACGAGUCGCAGGCGCUCGACAAGGAGUACUACACCUGCUGGCAGGGACUGCGCAAGAACUUCGACCCCAGCUGGAAGCCGUAGUACGAGUACAGCAGUGUCGGUGUCAUCCGCAUGUGCCUCGCCGUGUCGCAGCUGUCUUACGCUCAACAAUAAAGUGUGACGCUUGUUUUCGUAUAA